AUGUUUCUGGUGAGUUUGGAUCCCGGCGGAGCCUGCUGGAGGCUUCUCGCUCCUCGAGUGAACACCUGGCGCCACGUCACGGAGUUUCCACGCAGUGGAGCAGAGAGUAAAAUUUUUGAAGCUAGGUUUGGAGCGCGCUUGCUGCAUUUUGCCGCGAAACUCAGAAUUCCUCACUAAUUUGGUCAAUUUUGCCCCUUUUUAGAUAUAGUACACGUUUUUUUAAAGUGGUUUCGUCUCUGCAUUAACGUGCUUGUUCCGAAGUUAUAGCACCCCAAAUUUAUUGGAAAAUUUAAAUUGCAAGAAUUCGGCUUUUUUUACGGAUUUAUUUCUACGAAAAAUUUUUCCUGUUCAUUGACUAAAAAGCAACAUCCCUGAUGUUUUGAUAUGUCUUUUAUAAAGUAAAAUGCUAUGAAACACUUUUUUUAAAACUUGUUUUUUUCUAAAGAAGUUAAUUUCGUCAUAAUUAUUUUUAAAUGCACUUUUUUUCGUUCGAAACUGUUUUGUGUGUCAUUUUUCCAAAAAAACCUUCAACCUUCACCAUUGCUGUUAGCAGCAAUAAUAAAAUUUUCACGACAUUCGAAAUUUAUUUUCACAAAAAGAUGGAUUUUUUGUGUCUUACCGGUGAAGGCCUUUAAGCUUUCAAGAGAAACUCUACCCGCCUAAAGAUUGAGGUUAAAGAGAAAUCGGGACAUUCCAGACAUAUUUUUUAAUUUUUUAUUAACUAACCCCAGCAGUUCCUUUUCUUUUUCGAUUGUUGGGUUUCGAAUGUUAAAAAGUGUGCGGUGUUCCCUAAGCAAGUUCAUAUAUUAUUUCAAAAAAAUGUGAUUUUUUUGAGCACUCAAAAAAACCUAAAUUUGCAGAAAAAGAGCUUUGAUAAUGUUGGACUUGCUUUUUUUGAAUCUAGACUGUGAAAAGACUAUACCUUAGACUCAUAAACUGGAUUAAUCAAAAUUUGAAUGAAAGCCAGUUUUUUCUAUAAUUUUUCUGAGGAUUUGAACAAAAAAAUUUAACAUUUAAACCUUAAUUUGUAAAAAAAUUGUUGAAAAAAAUUAAUGAGACUUGUAUUUCUGAGAAUUAGAGUUCACGAGGGGCUCAGCUAAUUCACUAAUGAUUCGAGGCUGUUCCAGAGAAGUUUCCAGGAUUUCCUGUGAUCCUUGAAAUUAAAAAAAUCACCAGAAUUAGUUCCUGUUCAUACUGAAAUGUAUUCUUUUUCUCUCAUCUCGAUAUUUUCAGGUCAGAUUGCUCACAGCUAAGCCGGCGAAAAAACCUGCCGCGCCUCUUCCUACUGUUACUGAGAGCAAGCCGGAAGAACAUGGUGAACUUUUUUUUUCCAAAAAAAACGGCAACUGCAAUAAAGUGAAAAAUGAUUUUCCGCGAUUUUCCUGAAAUUUGAGAACAUCUUCGAGAAUCAUUUUUUACACUAAGAAGUGUAUUACUGAAGUUUACAAAGAGGGGCUUUCAAAACUUGAUCUGUACAAAAAACGAUAACGCGCUUUUCGAAAUAGAGAUAGUUCGAGAAAAACGAGAAGAAGUGAAGGUCCCAAAGGUCCCGUCAUCGAUAGACCUUGCUCGAAAGCUGCCUUUUUGUCAUGGGUUAGUUUUCGAACUAACUUCCGGAAAAGUCUACAAAAUAUCGACCUCAGGUACAUUCCGGCUUUGGAAGCAACCUCUCUUCUCAUUCGGUCCGGCGACUUUCUCAUUCGUCUUCGUGAGGGUAAUUCGGUGGAAACUUUUGAGACAAAGUUUCGAAAAACGACAUUUUUCAGUCAAGAACGAGGUCAGAGUUGUCGUGAGCGUGGCGCUCACGUCCACGCAAUCAAGUGAGCUGAGACAGGUAAACGAGAAGAAAGACACGCGGAAAGGAUUCCAGUUGGCGAAGAAGGCGGAGCAAAAAGUGGACAAUGGCGGCGACGGUGGUGAGGAGACCUGAAACUACUUUGAAGCUCUUUAUUUUUGGGAAAAACUGUCUCUUUUUAUGUGAAUCUAUGGUUUUAGUAUCAAAAGGCCCAAUUCUAAGUGGCUCUAGUAAGCAAAACAAAAAGAAAUUAUUUUUUUCUCCUUGUCAAAAAAUUUAUAGAAAUUUAUACGAAAAGCCAUUCUAAAAGCGAAGAUACUCACAGCAGUUAGAAUGAUUGUGUGCCGUGGUAAUUUCGAAACAACUCGAAUUUCAAGAUCAACGAUAUAAAUAUUAGAUUUUAGUCCUUAUUAACUCUAACUAUGAGCCUUCUUGGUCGCAUUUGAAAUGUCUCAAAGCCUCAGAAACCGAUCAAGUCUACGAAUAUAAAAAAAAGACGGGUUCAACAUCAAUCUGAUUAUUUUCAGACAGAGAGAAAGGCUUGGAUGCAUUUUCCGAGACCCGACCUGCCCCCUUCCGCGAGACGAUUGCCGUGAACUACCGGCAUAUGAAGUUGAUAGAGGACAAGAACGGGUGUUCUCUUGAUGGAGAGAAAUAUUUCUCAAAUUUGAACUCUCUGCUAGCGUACUACAUGUUUGUGAAAGUGGAGGUUAGCCAUUUUAAACUUGUCAUUUUUUGUUUGCAAAAAUGCUUUGAAAUACUCUCGCAGUUGUUAACACCAAGCGCCUAAAUGGGGCCAUACAACAUGAAGUUAAAGAGAACUGAGAACAGCCCCCGGAUCUUUUGAGCAUCGCGACUGAAAUUUCGAUUUUUUCGAGAUUUCAUCGUUUCAUUUUCAUCACGGAAAUUGAUGAAACCAGCCGCAGAGCGCAAUUUUUCAUAUUGACGGAAAAAAAACAGCCGUCCAAAUAAAAACUCUUAGAAGCUUUUAAAUCCAAAUCUUCAAGAAUUAUGAAAAGUAGGCGUAGGGCGUAAAUAUUCGAUUUUUUAUCCUUUCCAAAACUCGAUCUUUUUCAGGGAGACCAAAAAUUCAAUCUUCGGAACCCGAUAAGUCGCCAGUACGGAUCCUUCCGCUCCUCACAGAUCAAGAUAGUUAGAACUGUGAGGAUUUUUUCAAAAAGUAAUAGACCAAAAAGAAAAUGUUUUUUCGGGGCACAAAAAAACUCCAAAAUUUUUUUUAUUUGCUCCUUCUUUUCGAAAUUUAGACCUUUAAUGUGAAGUAUAAGUUUUUUUGUCGAUUUGUAGUCAUCGUUCUUAAUAUUUGCAGCUCGGGAACGGCGCGUUCGGAGAAGUUUCGCUUGCGGAGAUCAACCACCCGGCUUUCGAACAGGACAAGGCGGUCGUGAAAACGGUAGGCCUUGAGAAAUCGAAUUUAUUGAGGGAAAGUUCGAAAAAGACGUCUAGAGCUGAAUUUCGAAAUUUAUUGUGUUGAUCAAGAGUUGCAACAAGUCUGAAUUCUGGGAUUUCUUAAGAUCUCAAGACAUUUUGAUGGAUUGGAAUAAAAAUAGGGAUAAACUUGCGUAGAGCAUCUUUUUGUCCGUUGUACGGUGUUAAAGUUUUGACUUUCGUUGAAAAUUAAUAAAUUGGAAGAAGAACUUUCCGGACUUUUGUAAUGCACUUCUAGAGGUCACUUUAGCGGCGUUAGCGCUUAAGUGAAUACUAGAAAUGCUCAGAUGCGUUUUUUUAUGUUACCGAGGUCCGAGUCCCGUCAAAAAUUCAGUUUGCCGUAAAAAAUUGCUCUGUGGACAAAAUAAAGACGCAAUUUCUGGGGUUUUAAGGUGAAGAAAGGCGUACCGGAGCACCUCGGACUUGAAGAAAAGUUCCUUGUUGAAGGAACAAUCUCCAUCCCGCUGGACCACCCUAAUGUUGUCCGCACAUUAGGGUGGUGUUACGAUACGAAACCUCUGCAGCUACUGAUGGAACUGUGUCCGGGUGAGGCUUUCAAAAAGCAUUUCUUCCAAUCUCUAUGAAAUUUCUCUAUGAGAUCAGAUAACUUUGAAAAUAACUUGAAAAAAUUCCGGAAUAUAACUUUAAACGAAAAACACGUUAAUUUUGCGAUCGCUGAUGUCAAUUAGACUUUUUGACACAUAUCCGCCUAAUCUUCGGCGGAAGUCUUGUUCUUUUGAACUUAUCGUCAAUUUUUGAAUUGAUAUCGUUUUUUGAAGGUGGCGCUCUGAGCACCUUCCUCAUGACCAAGUCUGAGAAGGUGUCGAACCUGACCUUGACGAGAUUCUGUCUCGAUGCCGCGAGGGGACUGGACUACCUCCAUGAAGUUGGCGUCCUACACAGAGAUGUAGCCGCCCGCAACUGCCAGUUGGACGAAUAUGGAACGGUAUUUUCAUAGAAUCUAAAUAUACAUUGACCACCUUUUUCAGCUAAAGAUAGGUGGUUUCGGCUUGUCGCUGAAAGCAUACUACUACGAGAUGUCAGGACCCGAAAAACUUCCAAGCCGCUAUCUUGCGCCACAGUGUUUGACGGAGUACGCUUUCAGCUCGCAGUCGGACGUCUACGCCUACGGGGUUUGCUUUUUGCUCUUAUCUGACUGAAUCAGAACCUUUACAGCAUCUCAUCUGCGAAAUAUUCAACAACUGCCAGAUGCCAUAUGCUGGCAUGUCGGGAGCAAAAAGCCCGCGAAGAGGUUAGGUUUUUCAUUUUAUUAAAAAGUCUGUUUUUCUGCAGAUUCUCGCCGGGAAGAUUCUCAGUGUGCACGGAAGAGCACCCGAACCUCUGCGCGUCUUAGUGGAGAAUAA